CCACGUUGCCUAACGUCGCAUUGAGCAGCUCCGAAAGUGACGCAAAAGACUCCGUUCUCGUGCCUCUCCCUCCCCCCGACACUAGUAGACCAUGAUCAAGUUCGUACUGAUGGUGAAUAAGCAAGGCCAAACGCGGCUGGCGCAGUACUACGACUUCCUGUCCAUCCAGGAGCGUGUGGCGCUUGAGGCCGAAAUCAUCCGCAAGUGUCUGGGUCGCAAUGAGACGCAGUGCUCGUUCGUGGAGUACCGCGGCUACAAGGUCAUUUACAGAAGAUAUGCGUCGCUCUUCUUCAUCGUCGGCGUCAAGGACGACGACUCAGAGAACGAGUUGGGAAUCCUGGAGUUCAUCCACGCGCUCGUGGAGACCAUGGACAAGUACUUCGAGAGUGUGGUACGUUUAGGGACGAGUUGGUCUGUGAUGGUGCAGUUGUAACGGUUGUGUGUUGUUACUGUUGUAUUUGCUAUUGGUUUUGUGCUGUGACUGUAGUGCGAGCUCGACAUCAUGUUUAACUUGGAGAAAGCGCACUUUAUCCUGGACGAGAUGGUGAUGAACGGAUACAUCGUGGAGACGAAUAAGAUCUCCAUCCUCAAACCCAUCCACCUCAUGGAGAAGGCGUCGUAGACAUCCGUUCCAUUUCGUGGGGAUGAAUGGAUUAUAGCAGAAAUUGUUAGUAGUCUGCGCACAGUUUACUCGCACCCACGCAGCGAGCGGGUAAGCGUUGCAUGAAUACAUGGUCUUAUACUCACGCGAGGUGCAUUAUCUAUGCAUUAUUAUUCAUGUUGUGUCCCAGAACUCGAGUUCAAUGUCUUAUUGCCUAAUGAUGGCGUUGAUUAACUCUGACACAUACUUUGUUUAUGCAUAGGUAAGCCCGAGUCAGCAGUCGAAAUAUGCUCGAGAAGCCUAUCGCUGCUGCUGGCUCGGGCUUUACCUCAUUCGACAAUAUUACCGGGCACUUUGCGAACU